GUUUUCUUCUGGUUCCCAGUUCCUUGGGCCUCAGCUUUACCCCAGCCAGGGACAGAGCAGUGGCAUUGUUCUAGAAUGCUGUAGAACCUCCCUCUAAGCAAAGGGCUGGAACCAUGAUCACAGAGCAUUCCAGAUGGGGCGCCAGUCCCCCUCUACCACUGCCCCAAUGGGCCUCAUGUGGAUACUGGCACUAGGUGGGGUUUUCCUGGAAGUUGCCCAGGCCUGUAUCUUUUGCCAUAGCUCAGACCGAAACUUAUCUGGCCGCCUGGCUCGGCUCUGCAGCCUGGUUAAGGCCCAGUGGAAGGAUUGCGAGGCUUCCUGGAAUUUCUCAGCCUUUGCCUUAGAUGAGCUGUCCAUGAUCAAAGUCAUAGAGAAGACUCACAGAGUCCUGAAGGUCAUGGAGAUCAAGAGGUCUCUGUCCUCAUUCCCUGCAUAUUGGCAAUGGCUUCAAAACAUCAAGCUCCCCGAGUACACCAGGGAAGCUCUCUGUGCUCCUGCCUGCCGGGGCAGCACCACCCUGUACAACUGUUCCACCUGCCAGAGCUUUGAGGUGUACUGUUGGCCCAGAAGGCGCUGCUUCCCAGGAAGUCACGAUCUCUGGGAAGCCAGGAGUCUGCUCCUCUCCAUCUUCACAGUGGCUGUGCUCCUGGGUUUUUUGACCCUCAUGUUGGAGUUUCCCAUCCUCUGUCUUCCCUCAGGUCCAGGAUCCUCAGAGCAUAAGCUGACUUGUAAAGAUGCUGACAGCCCCCAGCCUCCAGCUCUCAGGAGCUUGUACCCACGACUUCUGCUUCUCUUUGGGGGGUGGAGAAUGAGACCACAUCAGUGAAUCCGCUGGCAUGCUCUCCCUCCAUUUAACAUUGUGAAGCCUUGGCCUCCCAGAAGCUUCCCUCCUUCAGGCCCAACUAAACCUGCUAUCAAAUGGCCUUCACUCCUGCCUGGCCUCUUUGUGCAACUGGGGAGGUAAGAGGGAGGAUGGGAGAUUAAGUGUGGCACAGUAGUUUUCACUAGGGGUGAUUUUGCAUCCCAGGAGACAUUUGGCAAUAUCUGGAGACAUUUUUUUAUUGCUUUGAUGGGGGGAGUAUAUGCUACUGGCAUCUGGUGGGUUGACACCAGGAAUGCUGCCCAAUGCCCUGAAAUGCACAGGAAAAUCCUCCAUCAUGAAGAAUCUCCUUGUCUGAAAAUCUGGGUAGUAUGUAGUUGAGAAACCCUUGUGUUUAGUUCCCUUUCGGAGGUUUUUGAUUUGGGACAUGAAGAGAGAUGGGACACAGAAAGAGAGGUUUAUCUCCAAACACAAGUCUCAGGCCAAGGGCCUCCGCCUAGAAAGGAUCCUGGCCCUCACCUAGACCAGUGGUUUUCAAACAGGUACCUGGAGACUUUAGGGCAAGGAUUCUUACAUUGUGCACAUUU